UGGCCCUCCACAAAAGGCUUUCCUUCACCUCGAAAGGCUCCGCCAAGAAGAAGAAGAAGAAGACCAACAACAACAACAAGAAUAACAGCGACCACGCGACACACAGCUGCAUUGCCAAGUGCGUAUCCUCACACGAGCAAGCCAAGCCAACAGCCAAACCCAAAGCCGAGCAGGAGUGUGUAACGGCAACAGGCACCCAUCACAUUCAAUCACAUCCAAUCACAUCCAAUCAGGCUGCAGCAGCUGACCCUGCUCCACUCCUUUGACCGUCAAGCGAGGGAAUGCACAUACGCACUGCCAACAACCGGCAAUGAGCAUGCGAACCGAAGACGACGCUGCUCAGCGGCGGCGGCUGAAGACGACGCUUGCCGGCGACCUGAAGCGGUUUUCAACCGCGCUGGAACAGGAUCUGCUGGACGACCGACCAGACAAGCUCAACCUGGUGUACGACAAGAUCAAGAUGGCGGUGGACGGGCUGAUGCGCUCGAUUGAAGAGGACCAGCUCACGCCAGGCCUCUUCCGCGAUAUCUCAAACGACGUCGGCAAGCUCCUCGACAAGUCGAUACCGGACGUGCUGUCGCGCGAACGGAUACGGGAGCUGCUGCAGAUUAUUGCUCGCCCCGCUCGCCUUCUUGAGUGCCUUGCCUUCACCCCAGACCCCGUCAACCUCGACUUUACGCGGGACGAGGCGCAGGACCGCAUGAAGCAGCUUGUGGCGGAGGGAAAGCACCACAUGCCAACAUACAUCCUCUCCAAGCUCACAACACACUUUGGGCCCGAGUCUGAUGCUGAUCAGGUUGAUGCUGCCAGCAAGUACGAGCCCGACCAGACAGCGCUGGUCCAGUUUCUCGCAGAAACGCCCGAGCCCACGCGACACGACUUCAAGUUCCACUCGCAGCUGAGUGCGGGCGCGUAUGGGGCGGUGUGGCUGGCGACGCACAAGAUUACGGACGAGAAGGUGGCCAUCAAGGUGCUGAACAAGCAGAGCGUCGUGAACAAGAACGUGGUCAACCAGGUCAUGGCCGAGCGCGACAUUCUGCAGUUUGCACAAAACCCGUUUGUCAUCAACCUCCUCUGCUCCUUCAGCACAAGGGACUCGCUGUAUCUGGUGAUGGAAUAUGCCCCCGGCGGCGACCUUGCUGCCCUUAUCAAGAACCUCAACACCCUCACCCUGCGUGAGGCGCGCCGCUACUUUGCCGAAACCGUGCUGGCGAUUGAGUACAUCCACGACUUUGGCAUUGUGCACCGCGACCUGAAGCCCGACAACAUCAUCAUCGGCGCCGACGGCCACAUCAAGCUCACGGACUUUGGGCUCAGCAAGAUUGGGCUCAUGACGCAGACGACGCUGUUUGCAGAGGACUCGCCGCUCGUCACCACCCCGAUGGCGACGUUCAAGGACUCGCAGGUGCUGGGCACCCCAGACUACAUUGCGCCCGAGGUGAUUCUCGGGCAGGGCUACGGGCAGCCCGUGGACUGGUGGUCAAUGGGCGUGAUUCUGUUUGAGAUGGUCAUGGGCAUUCCGCCCUUCCACGCAGACUCUGUGCAGGACAUUUUCAACAACACCGUCAACCAGCCCCUCAUGCUGCCGGACGAUGAUGAGGAGUUUGGCCUGACGCCCGAUGCAAAAGACCUCAUCUCCCUCCUUCUCGAGAAGAACCCCGAACGUCGUCUUGGAACGCCGCCGCCACCAUCGCACAUUGCGUCGUGGGAGGAGGUGAUGCCUGGCGCGUAUUACGUGAAGGAGCACUCAUUCUUCGACGCCACGCUUGAAGACGAUGACGGCACAGAGGGCCCAAUUGACUGGGACAAUCUCCUGUUGGCAAAAGCGAACUUCAAGCCGACCCUGGACGAUGAUUACGACACGAGCUACUUUGACGAUCGCACAGACAGGUAUUCGCACCAGUUGUCAUCGUCAUCGUCGGAGGACGAGGAGAGCGAGGGAACAGACAGUGUGCACUCUGACCCGUUUUUCGGCAAGUUUGUCUGCGUCAACCCACACUCAUCGCCAAACACGCCGCGCCCGGGCUCUCCAGAUCUUGGCGGGUCGUUCCGGCGCCGCGGGUCCCGCGUGUUCUUCAACCCGCACCUCGCUGGCGACAGCAUGAGUGUGUCAUCGUCGGAACCGGCGUCCUCAAAGAAGGACUCGUUUGCCGGACCGCCGCGUGGCAGCACGGCAUCGACCAUGGACAGCGACACCGCCCCGCGCAAACUCGACUCGCCCGCUACGGAUGACGAGGUGUUGCAGCGCGAUGGCGGCGGUGCCAGUGCCGGUGACGCCAAGGACGCACAAGAACACAUGCAGGGCAGCAAGCAGCGCGAUGCAGGCAGCAGCGUUGGGGCCGAGCAGCGCGAAGUGGAUGAAGAGCAACAGCAACAGCAGCAGAAGGGCGACGGGCGCGAUGGUGAUGAUGUGUCGUGGCGGCAGUCGAGCGCGCGUGUGAAAUCGCAGGCGCAGCACGUCCGUGAUGACAGCCAGCCUCCGUCCAGCCCGCUCGAGUCUGACGAUGGUCUCAUGCUGACACUCGGUAAGGACAGCAGCGGCAGCGCCGCACCAGCAUCGCCAUCGUCAUCUUCAUCCCGCGUGCAGCAGCCGCAGCAGCAGCCAGGGCAGGCGGGGAGCAAGUCGCACCACGGACGGUACCUGACAAAGGAUGAGGUGACCAUGCGCCAGGCCCGCCACGAUGUGCGUCGCAUGUCGCUAACACACGAUUCUGCAGCCCGGCUCAAGGCGCGCUCCCUUCCGUGCACCCCGCGCCAGGAUGUGCAGUUUCAGUUUCCGUCGCCGCUCUCAUCACCACAGUCGCAGCGCAAGUCGUCUUUGCAGCAGGGCGACACCGCCGCCACCGCUGCCGGCACCACCAGCACCAGCACCAGCGCCGGCGGCCGGGAGGAGCAGGCAGCACUGUUGGCUCGUGGGCCGCGCGCAACACUGGCCUCUGGAGACACGAGCAUCAUGUCGAGCAGCGAGGCCAUUCCCGAGGAGGAGGGCCUGGGCGAUGACGCCGACGCUGCUGCUGCUGCUGUCGUUGUUGAAGUUGGCAGCGGGCAGGCGUCGCGCGAUGGGUCGAUGCGUGGCCAGCGCCAGCACCAUCGUCACCACCGUCACCAUUAUGAUGACGAUGGUGAGGGCGACGCCACGGCGACGCGGGAUGUUCGCGCGCACCGCUCUGCGUCCACACGCAGCAGCUCCCUGCGUCACGAGUACAGCCAACAGCGCACGCAGUCUGGUGACGGCAGCGGCAGCAGUGCAAGCAGCAGCAACACGCCGAGCCAUGCCCCGAGCCUGCGCUCACGGCCCUCCCUCACCAACGUGCACUCCCCAGACAUACAGCUGCAGCUUGACUUGGAGCACCAGCAGCAGCAACAGCAGCAGCGGCGCACGGGCCCACUGGACAAGAGCGGGUCGCUGCUGCACCACCGGCCCAAGUCGCGGGAGGAGCCGCGAUCACGGGCGCGCGUCAUGCAGGCGAGUGACAACGACGCUGUUCGCCGCCACUCAAGCGUGGACACCGCCCUCGCCUCACUCAGCCAGGGCACCCCUCCCCGCGCUCGCGAUGAUCGCGAUUUUGCUGCUCCAGCUGCUGCUGCUGCUACAUCAUCGUCCACAACAACAACAACAACAACAACAACACCAACCAAGGCGACGACGCCAGCAGCAACGGCGGCAGUGUCGUCGUCACAGGGCAGCUCGCUCAAGCCGCCCGAGGCCACCACGCCAGAGACGCCGCGCCGGAACGCCCCAUUUGACAUUGCCGUGCACUACAGCAAGGACCGCGGGCUGGGGUUCACGCUUCGCAACGGCACCAAGUACGGAUGCAAGCACAUGAUCAUCAGCGUGGACAAGGGCGGAUGCGGCGAGGAGGCCGGGCUGCGCCCUGGCACGGCCAUUCUCAAGAUCAACGGUGCAGACGUGUCUUCGUGGAGCCACCAGCGGGUCGGCCGGCUGAUUCGCAGCAAGAUUGGGCAGACGCUGCACAUGCAGGUGAUGGAGGUGACCAAGAAGAAGCGCAGCACGCGCAGCCCAGGGUCGUUCCGCAGGUUCACCAGCAAGGUGCGCUCGUCGUUCAAGCGCAGCAGCCGCAAGGAGAAGAAGAACAAGGGCGGCGACAAGGGCAGCGCCAGCCCUGGGCUUGUGAAGGAGCGUUCCCACUCGCGGUUUGACUUUCUGAACCGCCGGCCAAAGUCCAACGUGCGGCUGACCCCGACGCCGCCGACAUCGCCUCCGGGCAGCAUGCACGGCCGCACGCCGCCAAGCUCCCUCCGGCGCUCUGAGAGCGUGCACAUGUCCCGCAGCCGCGACACGAGCGGGUCUGAGAGCCGCCCGCAGAGCAGGGAGGGCCUUGGUGGCAGCAGGCCAAACAGCAGGGAGCACGACUCGGGCCGCCGCAUGCACGGGCGCGCGGCGUACGCGAGCGCCAGCACCAUUCCGCGCAUGGUGAGCCCUGGGCAGCAGGGGCAGCCGCCAUCGCCGCACUCCAUUGGGCACGGUGGCGCGGAGGCCGGCAGUGGUGGUGGUGACGUGUGGCAGGACGAGGGCGACGGCAGCAUCCAGCGCAGCGCCAGCGACGGGCAGCCCCGGCGCAAGGUGCGGCACGGGUCGUUCCGCCUGCGGUUUGGGCGGCGGUGUGACUCGUCCAAGUCGCCCAAGAAGGGGAAGAAGAAGUCGUCCUCACUCUCCUCGUCCCAGUCGGACCUUGGCCUGGCCACCACCCUUGGCGGCGGCUCGCCUCUCCACCGCCCACCGUCACCACUCGGCGCCGACGACCACCGCCACGCAGCGGCGGUCACAGCAGCAGCGCCAGCGCCCCAGCCGCAGCAACAGCAGCAACAGCAGCAGCAACAACAACAGCGUGACCUGCAUGAGCAGGAGGAGGAUAGCUUGGGUGAACUGCCCAUCACGGUCACGUGCGCAGAUGAGGACGUGUUUAGGGCCCGCAGCCAGUCCACACCGACAAACAGCACGGGCGAGCCAAACAAGCUGCGCUCCCAGUCGAUGCGUUUGUCGACGCGCUCGCCGCUCAGCUCUGUUGUGACGUCGCCGGCUGUGUCACCGCGCCAACGCUCACCGCGACCGCCCACAUCGCGACCCGUGUCGCCACCGUACGACAACAUCAUCCAGCCGGAGACGUCCAAGCACGGCAGCCGGCGAGCGUCGUGGGCGCGGUCCAGCCUCGUUCACCGCGCAUCGCCGCUCAGCUCGCCGUCGCAGACGCCGCCAAACACGCCUGGCACGUCGUUGCGUGCAGGCAACAGCAGCGGCAUGGCAGACAGCAACGUGAGCUCUGCGGAUGCGUCUCCCAUGCGCGUAAGACAGAGCAGCACGCGCAGCAGCACCGGGGUGACGCCUGCAAAGCCAUCGCCGCUGGCAGGUGACAUUGAUCAGCAGCAGCAGCAGCAGCAGGGCGCGGCUGGCAGAGGGGGCAGCUUGUCUCGUGCAUCUGCGAGUGGCGGCGUGCUGCCGUUUGCGCAGGACAACGGCCGUCGGGUGAGCAAGACCGAGUGGGAGCAAACCGUCAACACGCUGGACAGCAUUCUGCAGCUGGCAGCGAGCCCGCGAGCGUCGGUGUCCCCGGCAAAGGCCCCGACACCAUCAGUGUCAUCGUCUUCAGCCCCGCCGUCUCCGCGCGUGUUCACGUCUGCACAGCAGUCACCCGCCAUGUCACCGCAGCUGCCGGCGCACGCACACCCGCACCGCUACCACCUUCAAGAGGAAGCAGGUGAAGGAGAAGGAGAAGCAAUGGCACCUCAGCCGCACCACGUGCGUUCACCACGCGGGUCGCAGCUAUCUGCGUCAUCCAGCGUCGGGUUCAGCCCGCUGCGGCAACAGGAGACGCCGCGCGGCAGCAUGAGCGACUACGAGGACGCGGCGACGGGCGAGGACCCGCGGCGCCUGGACGAGCUGCUGCAGCAGCAGGGGCCCGACGCAACGCUGGUGGAGCCAGCACACGUGGUCGCUGGUGGUGCACAGCAGCAGCAGCAGCAACAACAGCAACAACAACAACAGCAGCAGGAGAGCAAGCAGAAGUUGCAGUGGUCGCCGGCGCCCCCGCCAAGGGAACUGGUGACGCGCCGCCGCCCGCUUGUGGUGGACCCGGCGCCACUGCAACCGAACGCAAUGGCUUCGAUGGAAGGCAGUGUGAGGGGCGGCUCCCCGGCCCGCCGUGCGAGUGAUGGCGGUGCGCUGAAAUCGGCGUCAUUGUCGGCGUCGUCACUGCAGCAAGCGAGCGUACGCACGCACCGGGGCAGGCUGUCCACGCCACCUGGGGGCAUGUUUGCACAGCACCUGCGACGCGAGCUGGCCAGGCAGCGCGGGGUUGGCUCUGACGGGUCGUCGUCGUCUCUGCAGAUGGAGCUGAACAGCUACGGCGACGGCGAGCUCAGGCGCGGCUCCCUGCCCGCCAGCGCCACCAUGGAUGACACGGGUGCGACGAGCCCAACGGCGCCGAUGACGGCGACGCCCGAAGUGGGCGGCCGACUUGCCCGGCCGUCGACGGGGCGUGCAGUGCGCUCCGUUCGCCUCUCAGCACACAGCCCGCUCCAACAGCAACAGCAACAGCAACAGCAGCAGGGGCAGGAGGAGCAGCAGCAGGGUCGCGACAGCCGCAUGUCUGAGGAUAUGAGGCGGCGCUCGGUUCGGGGAAGUGACGCCACAAAGGCGAUUGUUGAUCUUGAUGGCGGCACAUACGUGUAGGCGUUGCGUUUGUGGCGCCGGUUGUGGCUGUGGUGGCUUUGGUCGAUGAUUGUGCAUUGGGUUGCAUGCUGACGCAGAGGGAAGUGAAUUGGUUGCAGGCAAGUGAGAGCGAGAGCAAGAGGGGGAGAUAGCGCGAGGAGGACAGACGCGAGGAAUUGAAGGACGGGCGGGUUGGAUUCUCGGAACGAACACGUCGAAGUUGAACGAAGUUGUUGUUGUUGUUGUCGUUGUUGUUGUUGUUGUUGGAACAAAGUAGUGGUCCACAUCGUUUGCAUGAUCGAGGCAUGGGAACAACGUUGUUUGUCGUUGAGUGUUUGUUCUUUGUUGAUUUUUUUUUUUUUGGUGGGAGGGGGGUUUAAGCGCUCGCAUAAGGGCGACAUAUGACUGUGAAUGCACUGCAGGUUUUUUGAUGUGGCGUGAGUGUUUCGCGUGUGUGUUUGCAUGACGUGUAUGUUUGUUCUAAUUUCAGGCCAGAAAACGUUGAUUACUCUUUGCGCGUUGCUCUCGUUUGAGGGCAUGCCACGCUGCAUGUUGUGCUCGUUUUGCGCACUCUUGUUGUUUCUUCGCGUACGCGUGCCAUGUUGGCAAAUACAACAAUCGGAUGUGAACACUGGUCAAGUGUGUGCGGCGGUCUUUGUCUGGGG